GUAGGGCGGUAAACUUCAUUAUUUCAUUUUAUUUAUGGAGCAAAAACGAGCCUGUGCUUUUGAAAUAAUUACAUCCUUAUGUUGGACAAGCAUUUAAACUGGAAAAUGUCGAUGCCAAACACCGAUUUGCAAGCUAGAUUCCAUAGGCAGGAGACGGUAGGGAGGACCUUAAAAAUUCACGCUCGAACGAAAAAUAAAAUGAACAACGAAACCAUUGGUCAUGCCUUGUCCAGCGAAAUGUCAGAGAGUAUUGAUCGAGCCAGCGAUAAAGUCAAAAGCACAGGCAAGCGUCAGUGCCCACCGAGAAAGCACCCGAAAAAAAAAACACGGGAACAGAAAACCAUUGAAAAGUUUCGGAACAUCGAUUUCUUUGGGCAGCGCGACAACAUACUAACGGUCCAGAACUUGGAGUUUCCGGACGCCAACAUCAAGCGCACCGAGAUGCACAAGCGUGAUGAAUGCGGUAAGAGCAUAAUCCGUGGCAAAGGAUGGGACUUCGCCAGCUCGAGCAAUUCUCACUUCAGACACGGCGUCGAGACGGUCAAGAUACGCAAGAAUGUUUGUUCUACCACCAGUACAGUGCAGAAUUUCCGGAUCGACAAUGUGCCUAAGACCAAACAGACGCGAACGGUUUUCGAGGACGAACCCGAUUCGGAGGAGCUUGUUGACUCGAUGCACGCGCGCUCGUCGCGUCCUCCCAAUUUUAAAGGCGAGGAGUGGAGACGCCCGUGCCCUGCCAGUUUUGUGGCCGGCGCAUCACGGCCCCGCAUUGGACGUUGCCCGAAAAACUACGAGCAGCUGGCCAAGCUGACGCCCGCCCGACAGAAAUUUUUCCUCACUCAGGAUCCGCGAAAGUUGCAAUGCCUGGUCAAUCCUGUGGCGAUGCGCCACACUCCGCUGACGAAGGAACAGGAGUUCAGUCUGAUCAGCAAGUUAGUCAAGCACGGGGAAAACCUCUGCGCCAGCACAGGAUCAGAGACCUCCGAUACGCACAUUUGCGAGGUGAUCGAUCUGCAGAAUCCCCUGAGAUUAGAUUUUCACGGCAUGGACUACAAGACCACUUACGAGCAGGAUGAGAUCGAGCAGCAGAACGCACUGACCUUCUGGCGCGUUCAGCGCUUUAUGGCGCGGCGAAAGGCGAAGAAGAACACCAAGGUGAACGUCGAGGCCGAGCUAAGGGCGGAGCGGCUGGCAGUGCCGCAACGCUACAGCACGAAGAUAAAGGACACGCCUGUUGAGGAGGUGUCGCCGCCCCGAUCGCCACGUCUUGUGCACUUAUAUCGGAGUCCGGACAAGCCGGCAAACCAGCUCAAGAUCGAGGAAGAGCGCAGGCGUCGAGCUGCUCGCUACAAGGAUAUCUUUCUGCGGAAGAAGCAUCGCGAAGAGGAGCAGCUUGAGGAGCGCCGAAAGCAGAAAGCGUCCGUCAAGGAAAUCGAGGGUCGGACAGUGGCCGAGGGCGAUCUGCGCGCCGACUUGGCGGUCAUCGAUGACGCCAUCGAACGCAGCUUCCGCAAGCAUGUUGAGCUCAAACCCGUCUUCCGGAAGCGGAAGGUCUUCCCCAAGACCCUCACCGAAACGGAGAGGCUGAAGUCGAUUAUGCACCGCGAGGACUGUGUAAGGCGUGACAGGGCCCAGGUGACACAGCAGUUCUUCCUGGAGCGCACUGGCAAACAAAAGUACCUUCCGGACGCGGAGCAGCAUCUGCGCUGCGAAGAAAGCAUCGAUGGUAGCGUGGGCUCCACACCCAGCGAGCAGAGCAGCGACGACGGGGACUACCUACAAGUGGGAAAAAUUGGCGACAAGUUUCAGCUGCGGGGCUUCCACUUUAAGCACGGAGACGGCCUACGCGGUAAGUUGCACCGGCACCAAAUUAUGCAGGGCCAGCGAACAGUGAAGGGAUGUCUUACGCGCGAGGAGUGGCUUAACCAGCUGGUGCCGCACAAGGAGCCCAUCAAGAUGGACGUGGAGCGCGGCAUUAUCAAGGUGGGUAAUCAUGGCAUCUGGCUUUAA